UUUUCUUACGUAGUUUUUGGUAUUGACCAUGGUUUCAGAAGAGAUUGCAGUACGCAGUUUUGUCUCACGAGAACUACAAAGGUGUUGCCACCUCAGCACGUUAACACUUGGCAUACUCAGGAAGCGAUACCUAGAGCAUGUGGGCAGGGAAUCCCUCAGUCCAGAUCAAAGACUUUUACUCAAGCAAAUAGUGGAAGACGAGCUAUUAAAAAUGCAGGUGGAGGACAGCAGCAGUGAUGAUGAACCUGAAGUAAAGAGUGUGAAUCAAAAUAAACGGAAGAGAGAUGAUGAGGAAGAAGAGCACAACAAAGAUCAUGUGGGGGCUACAAAAAAGAAAUCACGUCUUGUGUCAGACUCCCCAGUGACUGAUUUUCCAGACUCUGGAACACAGAAAGAACCAAAUUCUAAACAGCUGAAAGAAGUGGAGGAUGUUAGUGAUAAGAACAUGGGUGAAGAGAGUGAUGAACAGAAUAACAAGAUGGAAGAGAAGAAGAAGAAGAAAAAACAAGAUGUCAGAGUGAAUAAGAAGAAGAAAUUAAGCCUAGAAACUGAAGAGGACAAUGAUAAAAAGAAAACUAAGUCGAAUGGGAAAACAAAUGCUAUAAUCAGUGAAGAAGAGGAUCAUAAUGAGUCCAGUGAUUCUGGUGAAGACAAAGAAAACCAGCAGAAAGCAAAAGGUCUAAAGAAAAAGCAAAAUAUUAGCUCAGACAGUGAGCAGGAGGAGAGGACGGCUAAAGAUGUGGCUAAAGUUAAAGGUAAAGCAGCUAAUCAGAAGAAGAGCAUAAGAAAAGUGAAUGUAAAAUCACCCAAUUUGCAGGAUUGUGAGGCUGUUAGAAGAGUUCAGAAAGAUGUUUUUGGGAGCAGCUCUGAAAGUGAAAAAGAAAACGAGGAGAAGAAUACAGAGAGGAAGGAAACAAGUGAGAGUGAUGAUGACCUUGAUAAAGAAAUCAAUGAAAGAAAAGCUGCUGAUGGUGUGUCCUCUGAUGAGGAAAUGGAAAAAAAGAAUGAACAAAGGAGUAAAGCGGAGGACUCAGAUUCCUCUUCUUCCUUGUUGCCCUCAUUGGAGGAUGAAGAUGACAACAGAGGAAAAAAUUCUAAACAGGAAGAAACGAAAAAGAAGACCAAAAAUAGCGAAAAGAGUGAGAGCAAGACCACAGCUAGAAAGGAUGAUGAGAAUAAAGCUGUGUCCAGACUAAAACGCUACAUUGCUCUCUGUGGUGUACGACGCAACUAUAAGAAGCUGUUAGAGGGCUGCAGGUCAGUAAAGUCUAAGGUAGAGGUUCUCAAAAAAGAACUGGAGGAGCUUGGGGUAGAAGGUCAGCCAUCUAUAGAAAAGUGUAAGAAGGCCAGAAUGAAGAGAGAGGAAGCUCAGGAGCUAGCAGAGCUGGAUGUUAGCAACAUCAUCACCACUCAGGGUCGUCCAAAACGGAGAAGAGCUGCAGCGUCGUGGAUGCAACCUGAGAGUAGCUCUUCUCCACAGUCAGCCUACAAACGUGUGGUGGACUCUGACUCUGAAAGUGAAGAUGGAUAUGCAGAAAAGGGACGCAAGAGAUUAACAAACUGGAGUAACCUGCGGGGAAUCAUUAGUGAUGACGCAGACAGCAAUUAAUCAAAAAGUGCCAUUCCAUUACAAACAGUGAGCAAAGUGUUAAUGGUAUAUUCUGUUCAGGCUGUUUCGUUUUUGUUUCCUUUUCUUUGUUUUGAUAUUGUUGUGGUCUCUUAUGAUGUCAUUGUUGGUAUGUUAACCAUUGUACCAUUUUACAUAUUUGUUACUUUUUGUAAAUGUAAUUGAUAAAUAAAGAAUUAUUAGUUGUACUUUUA